GCGAUACAGACUACGACAGAUCAAACUACAAAUCCCAGCAUAUACCGCGCGGGGUCUUCCUGUCACGUGUGCCCGUGCUUCAGGACUACGAGGACAGUGUCGCCUCCGGUGUCCGGGCCCAUGUUGCUGAGGAUUCUCAGAACGAGCGGCCCCUUCGUGUCCACGAUUGCCCCCUUCCGCCCCGUGACCGGCCAGCCGCCCCAGAUGGACCCCAGCCGCCCCGUGGAGAGCGCCAUCCGGGCCAAGCUGAGCCGGGCCCUGGCGCCCGCCCACCUGGAGGUCCGGAACGAGAGCCACCUCCACGCCGUGCCCCCCGGCUCCGAGUCCCACUUCCGCGUGCUGGUGGUGAGCGAGCGCUUCGGGGGGCUGCCCCUGCUGCAGCGCCACCGCCUGGUCAACGAGGCCCUGCGGGACGAGCUGGCCACCUCCGUCCACGCCCUGGCCAUCCAGGCCAAGACCCCAGCUCAGUGGGAGAGCGACCCCCGGCUGGCCAGGAGCCCCCCCUGCCUGGGCGGAUCCAAGAACGACGGCACCGCCGCGCACAAGCUGUCCGGCCGGGACUGACCACCGGCUACUGACGCCACCCUCAGUCCACGGGGACGGGGACCCCAACUUCCUGUUAUGAAGUAAAUAAAACUGCACUUGGCAUUUGGAUCUUAUUUUUAACUUGUAUUGACUUAAGUGUUUCCAUGAUAUUAAAAGUAACUUGUUUAUUUUAA